AUGGACGUCUAUCCUCCGCAAUACGUCGAGCACAACCUCCCCUUCGUCGUCCUCUCUGGCCUGGGCGAAACCCCGUCCGAUGACUCUGGAUACGUGCCCCAUCCGCUGCUGAGAGACCGUGGCAUCGAGAUCGACUCGGCCGUGCCGGUCGUGACUGGCGAACACGCGGACCAGCUGCGUCACGAAUUCCUCAGCGCAGACGCAAGACAUGCGCCGUGGAAUGGUUUGCGGACAAAAACACGUGGCGACCAUGUCGGGUUCAGGUUGAAGGCUGUCGGGAGGGGCUAUGUACUGCCUCCCCGCAAAGCGCAACCUCCCCAGAUCUCCCCCGAUGAGACUCCUCCGGGCACCCCGGUGCUCAGCAGUGGCCACCGAUGGGUCCUGCAUUCGCCCAUAUCUCCGCUCUCUCCCGGCUCGCCCACCUUUCCCGACGGCGUCAUGUCGCCUCUCUGGAUUGCCAAACACCAGAACCAUAUACCCGCAGUCUUCAUCUCCUUCUUCGACUUCACCUCCGAGCCGGGCAGAGAUAGCUUGAACGACAACCAACUCAAGGCAGAGAUUAACCGCAUAAAGGCCAUAUUCCAUUCUUGCGGCUACAAAACACACUAUGCCGUUGUUCUCAUGAGUGAUCGGUCCAUCUUCGAGGCGCCAGAAAUCGAGGAACGGCUUGCGAAUAUCCGGCGAACCACCGGGCUCGAUCCUAAGAACGCUCUCUUCUUCCUCCCCGCCAAUCCAUCGCGUGCGGAAUUGGCCGCUUUCGUUCAAUCAGUCUUGACCACAUUGCAACCUCUCUGUGUAGAAUAUUACCGCGACCUGUCCAAGCAUGCGAGGCGGAAGAAGAAUCGCAACAGCGUCCCAGCACCAACGGCAGCACCGACCCGGGGAGCCUCCCAUCCUCUGUCCAGCCCAGGAUGGAGCGUGAGAUACGACUUCAAGCUCGGAGUGUUUGCCGAAUUCCGACAAGAGAUGGAUGCGGCAUGCAGGCAUUACAGUUUUGCCAUCGAUGCUCUUUUGGAUGGUGACGGAGUGUUUGAGACAACAGCCAGCUGGUCACCACGCUGGGAUGACACCCGUCUGCUUGCCGAUGGUAUCGCAAUCCGCAUAGUGAGAUGCUUGAUGUGGAACAAUGGUCCGACGUCUGCAGUGCAAUCUUGGCAGAAUUACAAGGACAGGAUGCAUGAUCUCCUCGACCGGCGCGGCAAAGGGACUGCCAAUUAUGGUUGGCAGGCCUGGGAGUCGAGAUGGGCCAGGAUUAUGGCGGAGAUCAUUCAGCGAGUGGACCCGCCGAUCUUCGCUAUCGUCGGUUCACCUGAGUUUCCCGAUGCCUUGCCUGAGAGGAAAGCCAUCUAUUCACCGCCAGAGAAAGCAAUUCCUGUUGGUGAAAGGCUUGCGCCCUGGCACCUGGUUCAUCAUCCCGGAUAUUGGUACCGAGUUUCUGCGGAGCGAGCCAUCGCUCGACGGAAACUAGCGGAAGAACUUCCAGAGGAAGAUCGCCUGCCUCCUGGAAUGUCUCCUGCGACAAAGGUCGCGAACAGGUUCGCUACGUAUGACAUCUAUCUGGUGCCUGAGCCUCACGUUGAAUUUCCUAUCCCCAACAAGGGUGGCGAGGGAUUCGAUCAUACUGCUGAGAUCGUGGACCUGUUCAAUAAAGCGGUUGGAGAGUUUCACGCUCGAAGCCAACAGCGCUUUGUGGACAAGCUCCAGUUAGAUAUGGGCAAAGAGCUCAUCCAUGCGGAGAGGUAUAGUGACGCCUUGAGCGCCCUAAAGCCGCUGUGGGAAGGCAUGAGUUGGCGAAACGAAAGGUGGUGGACGCUCGUCUCGGACGUCACUUGGGCAUUGAACGAAUGUGCAAAAAGAUGUUCAGACGAAGAAUCAUUUCUGAUGACCGAAUUAGAACUGCACAGUCGCCUAUUGCGUCCAAAGCAGGGCAAGGCCUAUGAUUUCAUGACCUGUCUAGACUCCUUUCCUCAAGCUGAAGGAACGGAGAAGCCCCACGUCACGCUGAGAGCUCGAGAUUUCAUGUCUUGCCUUUCAAUCACGGCCGAAUUUGCUGUGGUAGAGGGUCAUGUCGCAGAACCGAUCCUAACACAGAUCGCCGUGAGAUCCUACGCCCAUAGAGGUUCGAAACCAAUCAUCUUGGACAAACUUACUGUAACUUUCAAGGGCUCUUUGGGAUUUAUCAAGUUACAACACCAGCAAAAUGAGAGCGGAUCAUCACCUAUCACGGAAGUUACCGUGACAGAGGACGAAGAACACAAGGCUGGAAACAUACCAAGCUUCAAGGGCACUGCCGAUCUGAGUUUCUCUGCUGGCGAGGUUAGAGUGUUCACAUUCCCAAUCAUCUUCAGAGAGGCCGGAGAAGUCUUCGUCGAAAGUGCUGCGUUCGAAGUAGACACGGACAGAUUCCACCUCACCUGCACCGCGGAAUCGCCACAAGAUAACACGGAACCCAUUUGGUGGUAUAGGGGAAAGAACGGCCUGAAGACGAAAAGACUGGGUAGGAUCAUGGAUGAUCCGGCCAUCAAGGUUCUGCCCAAACCGCCGAAAAUGGAAGUCCGGCUCCCGAAUCUGCAAAAGCGAUACUACGCCACUGAGCCCGUCAUUCUGGAGCUGGAAAUCGAGAAUGGCGAAGACGAAGAAGCCGAAGCGACUCUUCAGUUCGUUUUGAUGGACCAGCAGAAAAACUCUCUUGAAUUCAGCUGGCUCACUUCAGACGCUGAUGCGGCAAGUGACGAGCAGGAACCCGAUCCAUCUGAUCACGGCAUGGGGAAAAUGGAGCCGGGAGCGAAACGCACGCAAAGCGUUCGCUUUGCAGCACCUAUUGAUUCAGGGGAGGUACUGUUUGAAGCCAAGGUCGUCUACCAUGUUGUCAGCGAUCCAGACGUGCCAAUCUCGAAGACAAUCGUCGGGGAGCUGGCCAUCAUCGAUCCUUUCGAGGCUACCUAUGACUUCACACCUCAGGUCCAUCCAGACCCCUGGCCCAGCUUCUUCCACAUCGACGACACGCAACUACCAGAGGCAUCUGCAGACCCGGCUACAGCGGAGGCAUUUGGUCUUACUGCGAGGUACCUCAUGAACGUCAGAGUCGGUUCCUACGCAGAAGAAGACCUUGUAAUCCAGGAUGCGGACCUCACUGUCCAUGAGGUCGCAGGCGGUGCCAUAGCCAGGGUGACCAAAAAGAGUCCCGAUGAGCCCGAGGCUGAGAUCGCACCCCAAGCAGUCCAGCUCCGCACUUUCUGCGUCGACGUGCAGAAGAUCGCGCUCGAGGACCGCCGGUCAUCGGCGCUGGCGACCACCAUCAGCGUGACGUGGCGGCGCAAGACGCCAAUGUCGCAGCACCCGGAGGCUUCAGGCAGCGUGCGCAGCAUCAUCGCGAGCCCACGGCUCAUCGCUGCCAACAGCGAGCCGCGCGUGCUCGCAUCAGCGCGGCCGUCGACGCAGGUGGCGACGCUCAUCCACCUGGACUACACGCUCGAAAACCCAACGAUGCACUUCCUGACGUUCGACGUGAGCAUGGAGGCGAGCGAAGAGUUUGCCUUCGCCGGCCCAAAGCUCACGGCGCUCCACAUUCUGCCUCACAGCAGGCAGACGGUGAGGUACAACGUGCUGCCCCUGGUCAAGGGCGCGUGGAUCUACCCGCAGCUCCGGGUGCAGGACCGCUACUUCAACAAGGUGCUCAAGCCUGCGCCGACCGAGGGCAUGCGCCAGGAUAAACGAGGGAUUGCGGUCUGGGCCGAUGUCAUGGAGGAGGAGGGCGGCGAGAAGUGA